AAGAGGAGGAGGAGGACGGGAAACAAGAGUAGAGAGGGAAACAGGAACAGAAAGUGAAGACUUGUCAAGAUGUCUGGGUGAGGGGGAUCAGAACAGAGAAGGAGCCGGAUGCCUAAACAGAAACAACAGAAGUUUGAGCAGCUGACUGGAUCAGACAGGAGGGGAGACUUGAACCUGCCACUUCACAAACGCCCGCGGGACACACCCAAACUCAACCACCCCUCUACAACUGGAUUAAACUAAAUCAAGAGCCAAAGGGCAAGAGGACAGGAGAGGACAAAGAGCAAGAAAACGGAAUAAACAGACUUGGCUGAUUUGCGGCUUUCUUCAAGAUCAGAAUCAUCACAACGGGGCCAUUUCAAAGAAAACCUUCCUAUAAACAGAUUUUCUUUUGGUCUCUUGGAUUUGUUUCAAAAAAAUGCUUUGGCCUUUUAACUGCUUGACAGGACACUUUAAGGAAGGAGGCAUAUAUGAAGUCACCCUCCACGUUUCCAGUGAUUCCAACUAACAUAAACAACAUAAGCCUGAGAGCAUACACAAACAUCACACAGUCAGCAGAUAGAAAUCUGCGUCUCAGGGCAUCUAUCUAAACUCCAAUCAUCAAAAGCAGGAGACAUGAGAACAUGAAAGCACUGAGGCUGACCUGAAAGUAAAACUUCAUAUCUUAAAACUCCAAAGCAGCAACCACAUAACAUAAAAGGACUUUAACUUAAAUUAAAAGCAUAUCUUAAUUAUUUUUGGUGUCUCCAGCUGCCUACUAUGCACAUUUACUGUCUUAUGAGCUUCACAAACCUCUAAAGGAUUAAUUGAAACUUUACAACUGCCAGACAGACUCAAUUAAAAGGAGUCACAGCCCCGUAUCCUAAAGCCAUGGAUGGGAAAACAGACAACAUCCAGGAUUUUUUCAACCAACUUUGGAGCUUUGCAACAGACAAACACAACCAGGGUGUCUACAACACAGUCUGCCUGGUGGUUCUUCUAAUUCUUCCCCUGCUGGUCCUCCUCACUACUUUGGUGGUGUGCUGCCACUGCUGUUGCUGUCGCCAUGCCAACGGCUGCUGUUGCUGCUGCUGCAAACACACUAUGGCAACUGCAGGGUCGGAAACGAAAAAGAAAAAAAAUGCGGCCAAUACGGAAGACUUGUGGAUCUCUGUGAAGACGGGGCCGAUGACACCUGACAGGGUUGCCCUGACCAUGGUGUAGGAAUCCCUUUAAAAAAAAAAAAAAAAAAUAUUGCUGAUCUUGGGUCAGUGGAUGCAGUGGAGCUGAUGAAGUGUCAAAGGGGCAAAAAACUCUGACUAUCUUGGACUCAAAGGAGGCUAAAGGAAAUGUUCAAACAAAUGGGGAGAACUUCACAUCGUAAUGGACACAGCUUUGGUUUAACAGUGUACAGAUUCUUGUAAUUUUGUAUUCAUAUAUAUGUGAAUAUAUAUCAUAUAUAUAUGUAGUAUGUGGAGGUUUUAUGACAAUGUUUACAGCAUUUUGUAUGAACUUUUUAGUGUGUGGUACAUAAAGGAAGAAAUAUGCUAGACACAAGCCUAUACAUACUUACAAAUGUGUGUGUGUGUGUGUGUGCUUGUGUGGUUAGGUUAGAGAGAGAGUGUGUGUAUGUGUGUGUGUGUGAGAGAGAAAAGUACAGUGUUAUUGAGAGCACUUUGUUCUUAGAGCUCCCAUGUGAAAUUCAUUGUGUCUGUAUUUGGGAGAGAGAGCCAAUUUAAGGACUGCCCAGUGUUGAGGUGGCUGUAAUGCUGCCUACUUUUCACAUGCAGGCUGCAAUCUAGACUGAUGAUUGACUCUCACUUUCUGAACUAAAAGCCUUCCAAAAUGUUGAACUCACAGCAUGCUGAAAGAAAACUAUACCUUCAUUCAUAUCAAUAUCUUUCCUGUUCUUGCUUUAUUUGCUGUUGCAGUAUUUAGGUCAAGGGAGCCUUAAAGGCACAAUUUUUAAUCCAAAUGUAAACAAAACCACCAACAAAAAUUUAAACCAAACAUUCCUCUCAAACUAAUAGUCUCUUAAUAAACUCAUUGAUACUAGAUAACAAAUAUAUCUAAAGUCAAUUAAGUUUUCCGGUUUGUUUAUAUCAAUAAUGCUUGGAAACCCAGCCACAGUCAAUUAUAUUCCGUUGAGAAACAAACAAUAAUCAUUUAUUUCAUCUUUCAGCUGAACUCCUCAAUUAUGCAAAUAAAUAUACCUCAGAGUUAUGUGGUCAAACAAUCAGUGCUUUAAAAGUACAAUUUUUUUUUAACUUAUUUACGUAGCAGAAACUCUGGAAUAAUCAAAUGAUUUGGGCUUUAAGUGGAUUGUGCCAGAAGGCUCAUUUUUUUAAAAGGUGUAUGACAUCUCUAAGCCUGAUACGCAGUAGCGUCUCAGCAGUAUCAUCGUCUUUAUGCAUUAGCUUACACUGGCACUAAGUUGAUCUUCUUGUUCAAGUGCUGCUGGGAAAACAGGCCCCACUCAUUUCAUUACUGCUCAGACAGAUACAGUCCCGUGUGGAAAUCGGGGUUCGUCUCUUCUGCUUCAUGUUCAGAGAGAGAAACUGUACUUGUUGGGCUUAAUUUGAAAGCUUGCCCUGCAAAAUAAAGCCCUUGUAGCAAUGCAUGAUCACUAAUCAGAGCUACGCCGCCCAUACUGAGAGGUUUGCCAAGAAAUAACAUCAUCGACAUGUUCAGAGGUUGGCUCAACAUGUUAUUGUGGUUUGUAUUUGUCAGAGGGAGAUAACAGUCAGUUCACAGAGUUUCUGUUUUUAUAUGACAGAGGCAGGCUUUCUUAACAGCACAUACAGUGAAAUAAUAGUCAAAUAGAUAAAAGACAGGAAAGAUAAAACUACAAAAACGCUUUCACAUGCAAGUGAGUUUUGAGAAGACAUUUUAGAAGAUGAUUCUGACACACAAACCUGAGAUACAAGGCAGGGAGUCACAGCUGGGCGUCCAAUGCUGCAAUAAUUAGACAACCCAACUGAUCACAGAUUUUGAGCAUUGAUGGGUGAAAAAUACCUGUCAUGUGAUCGUUGAUAUUUUGUUUUUAAGAUACGGGGGAAUUUGUUUUGCUUUCAGUUUUCUGCCAGUGGUUUCAUCAGUAUAAUUACAAGGAAAAAUGUAGGCAGGCAGGAAAAUUAUGGUUCUGCGAAAAUAAUCAACUAUUCUGGCAUGCAUGCAUAUUGAUAUUUUUUCAAGUUCAUUCCAGUUGGCCUCCGGCUGUACUCAGUUAGCAGCUGACCAUGAGUUACUGAUCCUCAUUAUCAGUUUUCAGAUCUAUCAUACUGUAGAGGAUUGUUAGUGUUUUUACAACCCUAUAAAUGUUUACUAUUCUGAGGUGUUAACAUGUUCACACCAUUCACACUUUUCUCCUCAACACCUAUUAGGCAGUAUUUGUCAUAUUGAACCUUGUCGUGUUAUGACUUUCCUUACUUCCCUCACACAUCAUAUUUGAUUUUCUAGGGACUACAGUAUGUAAAUCAGGAGGCAAAGGGCAGAAAUAUAAAUAUAUGUGUUUUGCUUUUUCCCCUUCGUCGUUUUGCCUUGAUCAGAGGGA